AUGCCAGUGGAAUGGCCCAAGCAGAACUCCCACUAUGUUUCUUCAGCAAAGGGGUUGGGCCGUCCUCGGCGCCAAGAGACACGUAACGUUGAUAACAAGACAGAAAGGAAGACUGGAAACGCUAGCACAGAGAGCGGUUUACCCUUUCUUACCAUGACUAUCAAUGAGAUGGCGAAUACCCAGUUUUCUCACCGCACGCAGGAGCUUCGGCUUCAAAUGAUGCAACAAACGGGAAGUUUAGUAGGACUCCAUAAUUCGGUGAAUAGCACACGAAAGUUCGAUAUGGGUGGUACACUUGAUGCCAUGCUGGAUACCAUUAAUUCGCGCGUGGAGGAGAACCCGUAUAGCUACGACAAGAAUAUCAAGGGACCACCGUGGUACCUACCCACACUUAAUCUGCACCAGCUUACGCAGUGUUGUUGUCGUCCAAACAGCAGGCCCUUAUUUGGCCCUCUUGACGGAGACAGGCUAUCUACCAUUUGUCAUUGUAGUGGCGCUUCUCAUCAGAAUAGCAAGAAAACAGCCACAAGUACGCUGACGCGGAAAAGACGACCUUCUUCCCCACGGAACCGAAGUGACGACGUUGGAAAUUGUGAAAAGGUGGAUAAGGUUUAUUUGCUCAGGGGGCGGAAACGUUUUCGUGAACUUACAUAUCUACAGCGCCUAUUGUUAGAACAAUGGUGCCGUACUAUAUCGGAUGUGUCAUGUAGAGAACGACUUGAACUUGAUCCAACUAAGCUACACGACAAAGUUAUGAAAGAAGUCAGAAGGGAUGAGCACACCGUGCAGCUUUUCGAGCAGGUGCAGAAGCAUGAGAGAAUGCAGGAGCGGGAAUACACGAGACAAAUACAGAGACUUGAGGAUGAGCGCAUGUAUGGGGCAAAUGAUGCCCGGUAUGGUUUUGCGAUCCAAAGUGACUGGAGGUCCCUUCUCACUUCUUGGGACAAGGGAACUGCAUGUGCGGGGGAAUCUGCUUACAGUGCUUCGCAAGGGAGUCAGGAUGGUUCGACUCCGUCAAAAAUAGUAAAUUCUCCUCGGGCGCCUACCCGAAACACUUUUGUAACAGUGGGAGAGGGGACCCACACUGGUGUGUGUCCGCGUCGCGCCCAAGGGUUUCUUGCAGGACCGUAUCAUGUACCCGGUUUAUUGGGAAGACCUAUGCACAGAUCAAAUGUUGGAUACCAGUUGAGGAAUUCGGGAGCUGAUGAGGAGAACAUUCCCCUGCAAGAACUUCAGAAGCUACUAGUGGCUGUAAAAGAUGGUUCCCUAAUGAACGCCGUGUCAGCUUCCCGUAAAGGGGCCAGGAGCCACAGGUUAGACGCCGGGUUACUGUACGAAAGGGCGGGAAGGAACACUAUUUUCGCACUUCCAAUUACUUUCUAUAUGGAUAGCAACUGGUUGGAGUGUAUUAUUUUCGACGACGAUCUACCAGCAGUGAAGUUAAUCACGCAAAAACUGCAGGAACAUAUAAGUUCAAAGAGUUCACAAGGCGCUAAAAAUAUGUCACCUUUCUCGCUCGCGAAGUGUUCGUAUGGUGUAUUUAGGGCACCAAGACAUCUGCAGGCGCUGUCGGAGAGUAAUGACCCUCAGUCGUUGCUCAAAGCAUUCAUGGAAGGGAAUCAGCGGCCGCACGACUUGGAGGGAGCUUCUCUCUUCUUACUUCCUUUGCGGCUUUGUGUAGCUGACACCGGCCUCCCACCAAGGGUUGUUAUGACUGAUGCUGCUUCUGUUGUAAGUGUCAGGAAGAAAGGAAGCAUAGCGACUAUUCCAUCCUCUGUUUUCACAAAUCAUAAGGGGCACGGUUACGAUACUUCGGGUAAAAGAGCUGCUGUUUCCAAGGAGGGCAUCGUACCACCGCUAAAUUUGUGUAAGUAUUUGGCGGGUGCGGACGUCUCAGGCAGAGCUCUCUGUGCCUCAGAACACUUGACGAAUUACUCUGUUGAACUUCAAAUAGUUAUCAGGCAAAGUGCGUGGCGUUCAACGACACUGAAACAGUUAGCAAAUGAAGAGUAUGACCAUCUAAAGCGCAAAAUAUUGGCUAAAGUUUUUGUGAUGCUAGCGAUGAGCAACGCCAUGAUUGAGCAUGAGAGAAGAAGAGAAUCCGUUUCCUACGUCACGGCUCAAACGCUCAGUGGCGACGCAACUGUCGACGCAACUCCAACGCUCCUGUCAAUGCCGAGGACGAAGAGAGUGGCUGUGCAUUCGCUUGCGCUACCACCAGUAACCUCAUAUCCGGGGUCGGUAGAGGAUUCCAAUCUCGAAUUUUCGCUGUCGGACUUUGUUUUGCCACUUACAUGUGCAUAUGAGUACACAACUCAGGUCGACGUCUACGCAGCUCCAGCCCAUCGUGAUCAUUACGUGGUUGAUGCCAAACAUUUGUUUUGCGUUGCUGCGACAGCAUUGGAGGAAACCAAUAAUUCCAUCUUACCGGCGUUAGCUCGGUUAGCCACCGAAUACCGAUGUCAAUACUCAAGACUCGCGAGGAUGGCUGAGGAGGAUGUUUGCAAAACCACAGUGUCUUGUUCCUCAGGUUUUACUCUCGACGACAGCAAACGAGCCUCCGCUCACUUGUCUGGAGCGCUGGAGUUACUGAAACUAGAAAGCGACUACAGCAAAUUACUAGUCACACUGCUACGCAAUGAGUCGACCAUCAUUUACUACAACCUUCAUCAUUUACCGCAUUACAGGUUCAUACAGCAGCGGAAGCUACUGUGGGGUCACCUGUAUCUCCGUACACUGCGUUUGGCUUAUGCCUUCUGCGUGCUAGUACAAGAACUUGGUUUGUUUCCUAUUCCACCGAAGUACCGUCCAUUCCUUCGCCCUGUUUUAUUGCUGCUGGAGUACCAUGGCGGCCAGGAGGAGCUGCGCUCACGCGCAGAGGAAACUCUAUUGGAGCUGGAGAUGCGAGCUAACGAAUUAGGAGCCAUGCUGUGCCGCAAAGAAGUGACAACUCACUACAUGCCAGAGUUGGAUGCCGCAGCAACUGUUGUUGCUGAAGGUGAGUACUCGGUGUCGCGCUUUAUUUCGUGUCUAGCAUCCCCUGACGACGUGUUGUCACCGGUUCUUCUUCCUGUUGAUUUACCCCAGCAGUUGUUUUCCGACGUUCCCAGCAUUGCUGGGUAA